AUGCCUCGUGUAGACGUCACAAAGGGCCGAAAGCCCCGCCCGUCUACCACGAGCGAAGCUGCGCUUCAAGACGCCUCGACGAGCAAUCAGCCCGAACCGCCGAUCAACAACGACAAGGCCGAAAAGGCCAACCGACGCAAGUCUGCCCACUUUGGCAAUAUAGGCGUAGCCCCGGGAGACGAGCCUGCAGAGGUUAGUGCGGGGAGGGCUGGCCAAGGAAAGCGGAUUGUGUCUGCGGUAGCAUUGGGUGCAGCUGGGAAGGAAGGAAGACGGCUGGGAAAACGCUUAUCGGCGGUGAAUCCGGAGAUGGUCGGUGUCAGCUGGGAGGUCAGGGAGAGCAAGUACGAGGAGUGGAUGAAGGCUGCGAUUGACAAUAAAAUCACGGUCACCAAUACCUGGAACUUUGCCUUGAUUGACUACUUUCACGAUAUGACCCUGCUCAGGAACGGGCCUGAUGACCAAAGUAUCAACUUCCAGAAGGCUUCGUCGACGUUGGAUGGGUGUGUCAAGAUCUGGACAUCCCGAGUGGACUCGGUCGCAACGGAGACUGGAAAGCUUCUCAGCGGUCUGGCGGGAGGCACUGGAGAGGAACCCCAGGACGAGGGCGAAGAGGGAGGUGAAGAUGGAGACCGGCCGAAGACACGAAAGAAUACCUCUCACCGCUCGGAAUCCACCUUGGCCAAGUCUUUCACCACUCUCCAAGUCAAAAAGCUGGACCUGGAAUUCUCGGUCGACCCGCUCUUCAAGAAGACCUCGGCGGACUUUGACGAAGGUGGAGCAAUGGGUCUUCUGAUGAACCAUUUGGCAGUGGACGGGAGAAUGCGAGUGGUAUUUGACGCUGGAGAUGCUGUUGUCGAGGAGGAGGAACUGGAGGAGGAGUUGGGACCGGGGAUGAAUGCUGAGGUUGACCUGGAGCGAUUGAGACCUUUCAUGCCUGCACCGGAUGCACUUCAGAAUCUGAUGAUUUCCGAUACCCUCUCCAGCUUCCGGUUCUCCUCGGACCCCAGCGCCGUCCCCGAUCUCACCUCACUGCUGAGCCUCAAGGACAACUGGAACGACAAUGACGACGGCGGGAUGUCGGAUUUUGGCGAGUCUGUCGGUGGCGGCGGACCCGUGGACUUUUUCGGGGACGAUGACUUUGGUGGCGGUGGGAUGGGUGGAGGGUAUGAUGACAACGAGUCAGCCGGCGGUGGUGAUUACGAUGGUGGGAAUAUGGGCGGGAUGGUAGCGUCAGGCUCUGGGGCGGUCGCGUUGGGUCAGCCGGGCGAGCACCUUAUGCCGUUCGACCCGAAGCGAGGUGGCGGGGACCUGGUCAUGGCGUUAGCGGGGAGAGAGGGGGACGGGGAUGAUGAUGGGAUGUUUGACUACUUCGACAAGGGCUUCGGGAAAAGGGGAUGGGCGGGUGUAGAGCACUGGAAGCUGAGGAAGGUGGCAAAGAAGGAUCCUGCUUCAGCGGCGACAAAGAAGGCCGAUCGAGCCAGUGGACCCGCCAAGACCCCCUUCGUUCUUGACUUCAUGUCGGCUGCAACGACCGCGUCAAGCUCCAAGAUCCUCUUCGCACCCGCUUCUCGAACGUCUAUAGCCCUGCCUGCGCACGCCCAGUCCGCCACCAAUCGGAAACGCUCCAGCAAAGAGACGAACGAUCUCGCGGACAAGUACAAGCGGAAGCGGAGGGAGAAGGAGCGGCAAAAGGAGGAGAGCGCCAACCUCUUGCCUGACGACAUGCACUUUAGCAGUCGGCAACUGGUUAGGCUUUUCAUGAAGCCCAAAUUUGCACUUCGGAUGCGGAAGAAGAACCAAAGUGCGCGGAUCGAGAAUGCCGAAGGAGAGAUCGACACCACUUUCUGGGCGGAAGCAGCGGCGGAAAGAGCGGAUGGAUUGGGUGAACCGGCGUCACCCAUGCCCUUCGAGUCUCAAUUCUUCGCCGAUGGAGAUAACGACGGUGAUGACGAUAUCACCGAUAUUGGCGACUUUGCAUUCGUCGAUGACGCCCUGGACGAGCCAUCAACCCCACUACCAUCCGGUCCAGGGGAUAUGGACGGGGAAGACGAUAACCUAUGGCAGGGCAGCCAGACUCAGAUCAAGCGGGCUCGACCGGAAAACGUCACAUUUGCCAAGCGGGCCAAGCGGGUCGAUGUUAAGCGGCUCAAGGACGAUAUUUGGGUCGGUCUCAAAUCGCUCGUGCCCAAGCCUGUUGACGCGGACGGCGAGAUGGAGCUGGACGAUCCGUCAGAUCCAGAGACGGAGAUGCUCACGCCGGUGGGCGAGGCCAAAACGUUCAACAACAUUAUCACAGACCUCCGGCGGACAUACCCCAAGGACAAGAUGUCGGAGAUCUCGACAAGCUUCUGCUUUAUCUGUCUUUUGCAUCUGGCGAACGAAGAAGGGCUCACGCUGGAGGCGGCGAGGUUUGACGGGCUGGAGGGAGAGGACGUGGGAUGUCAAGGAGUGGUGGAGCUGGAUAUGGCAAGUCUGGAGAAUGAGGGACCGCCUCAGCAGAAGAAGCGGAAGGGGAAUGGGCCGGCUGGUGAUGGGAUCGAGAAGGUGGUGGGGGAGUUGCAGGCUCUAAGGGUGUACAAGGAUCCGACAGCAGGGCGUGCGGCGUAG